UAAUUGUCGGUUAACUUUCUAACGACUUCUCUUUUAACCUUCCUUAACAACAAUUAAUAGUCUUUUACCUUUAAUUGACGUGAUAAUCGAUAAUCACUCAUCAUGUCUGUCCCAGACAGUUGCACCGUCCUCGUAAUUGGAGGCGGUCCUGCAGGAUCAUAUGCCGCUGCAGCCCUCGCGCGUGAGGGCAUCGAUGUUGUCAUGCUGGAAGCUGACAGGCACCCCCGUUACCAUGUAGGGGAGAGCAUGCUUCCGUCUGCUCGUCACUACCUCAAAUUCAUCGAUGGCUUUGACAAGUGGCAAGCUAAGGGAUUCCAGAUCAAGAAUGGCGGUGCCUUUAGACUGGAUCCCUCCCUUCCAGACAGUUACACGGACUUCAUUGCGUCCGGAGGUCCUGCGGGUUAUGCAUGGAACGUAAUCCGUUCCGAAUCUGACGAGCUACUGUUCAAGCACGCAGGUAGCUGCGGUGCGAAAACAUUCGACAAGACUAAGGUCGAUACUAUUCACUUUGAGUCUCCAACUCCUAUCGACAAAUCGGACCCCACGUCCAAUACAGAUGCCUCGGGUCUAGGACGACCCGUGUCAGCAACAUGGUGUCAUAAGGACGGCCGUACUGGAACAAUUUCCUUCCGCUAUCUAGUCGACGCUAGUGGACGACAGGGAAUCCUGAGUACUAAGUACCUUAAGAACCGUAAGUUCAAUCAGGGGCUUAAAAAUGUAGCCAGCUGGGGAUAUUGGACGGGCGGCGGCGUGUAUGGUGUUGGAACGUACAAGGAGGGGUCACCCUUCUUCGAGUCUUUGACUGACUCUAGCGGAUGGUGUUGGUUCAUCCCUUUGAACAACGGUACCCAUUCGGUGGGUAUCGUCCAGAACCAACAAAUGGCCACCGACAAGAAGCGAUCGACCAAGAAUCCUUCAACCAAGGAUUUCUACCUUAGUUCUCUCGACCUUGUGCCGGGUACCAAAGAACUUCUAUGCGAAGGAGAAUUAAUCUCAGAAGUCCGUUCAGCUUCCGACUGGUCUUAUAGCGCUUCGACAUACGCGCUUCCUUACGCCCGUAUUGUUGGCGACGCUGGAAGUUUCAUCGACCCCUUCUUCUCAUCAGGUGUUCACUUAGCCUUCCUCGGAGGGCUUUCGGCAGCUGUAACUAUUGCUGCCUCUAUUCGAGGUGACUGUGACGAAGACACCGCGGCGUCGUGGCACACCAAGCGAAUCUCGGAGAGUUACACUCGAUUCAUGCUUGCGGUUCUGAGUGCAACCAAGCAAAUCCGCCACCACAAUGAACCAGUCAUUCAUGACUUCGACGAGGAGAGCUUUGAUCGAGCAUUCGAUCUUUUCCGACCAAUUAUUCAAGGAACGGUCGAUAUCGACGCAACGACCAAUGCGAAGCUCACGCAAUCAGAGAUCUCCAAGACUGUGGAAUUCUGCUUCCGCUCAUUCGCCGAUGUCCCACAGGAGAAAAAGGACGCCCUGAUGGAGAAGCUAAAGGGUUACGGACUGGAUGGUAGCGUCGACGAUGAUAAGGCUGCCAAGACUAUCGAAGACAUUAAAGAGGCCCUCACGCCAGAGGAGUCGCAGAUCCUAGACAUUCUCCGAGGACGACGGAUGGUGCGAGCAGAGGAUUCUAUCAACCUUGUGAACUUCACUCAGGAUGUGAUCAACGGACUGAGACCUAACAUGAUUCACGGAAAUCUCGGUCUGAUUAAGGCAACACCCGUUGCACACAGCUCGGCACAGCUGUUCUCGCCUUCAUACUUGAGAGGCGGUCGACCGGACAUCAGAACCCAGCGAGGGGACACGGUUUCCAAGGCUAGAGUCGACGGAGCAAGUAACGGAAAUGCGUAAGAGGUCUCCUUGGUGGCGUUUUAGGAACUCGAGACUUCGAGUAGGCGGGGUUCAGUUUCUUGUUGUUUCCUUGCCGGAUUGAUCAGAGGAUUGUGGUUUUCAUGAUAUUCGAUGUUGCCAGUUUGCGCGGCAUCUUUCUAUGGAGUAUGAUGACUUUCGUCGGUCAAUAUCGCUAGUCUUCUCUAGACUACGCUUUUAGAUACUCUCUCUUUUUAAUUGACUUCUAUUCGUCUGUAAA